ACACCUGUGUACACCUGUGAGAGAUGACAGGUGACUCCAGGCUUAUCUCUGACACCGCGUGUACCCAGACCUCAGUCUGUCACAACAACUGUGAGACAUGAAGACACAGGGCGUGUUGGUGCUGCUGCUUGUUGUCACAGGACUGUCAGAGCAGCAAUGCCCGAGGUCCUGGACACAGCGGGACGAGUCCUGCUACGUGGUGCUGGACCGCGUGGUCACGUGGCUUAGCGCGCGGGAGUUUUGUGAGGCGGUUGGAGGUCAUCUGGUGGAAGUAGAAAGUGCUGACGAAAAUAACUUUCUUCUCAACAUGUUGAAGACUCAUGGAGUGACUGGCGCCUGGAUCGGUCUGGAGGAUAUCAUAGAGGAGGGACGAUUCGUGUGGACGACGAGCCAGAAGGAGGCCUCCUUCACCAACUGGUCCACUGGUGAACCCGAUGAUCUUCAAGGACAGGACUGUGUGUGGAUGACCAACACCUCGCCCUUCACCCCCGGCGCCUGGGAUGAUGCGGACUGCGCCUCCUAUCAAGUGCACGCUGUGUGCGAACAGUCCAUUCAGGGUUAGUCUACGACAAUCACAAGAAAUGCACUUCCGUGCAUGCAACACCAAUGUCAUGAUCGUGUCAUUCUUGUGACGAACGUGUGUUGAUACAUCACACAAGUAUCGAAUAAAAGUACGUUCCAACAUUCA